AUUAAAAACAUGGAAGUUAGUCAGUCAGUCAAAACACUUCCGGUUUCGAUUCUACAAGAACACAAGGACGCAAGCGAAGCAGACAACGCUUGAGACAGGGAACCAUGAAUUAAGUUUCAAGGGCGUCGUUGUUGGAUAUUCAUGUAUUUGAUUCUUUAGUUUUUAAACACUUGACCUACGUUAGCUGUCGUCAUGCCUUUCAUGAAAGGAGCAGCGCCGAUUCGGCGUACGGUGAAGUACCUGGAGCAGGGGGCAUUGGUAUUCAAGGACAGUGUGAGAAUCGUCACGUUCCAUUUCAACAACAACCACUCUUCAAGCAAGGGGGCUGAAGACUUUGUGUUCUGGCACUUUGCCCAGAUGCAGUACAAGAACCCCAACAUCCAGCUGUGUGUGCUGAACAACAUGACCCCAUCACCGUUUGUGCAGUGCUUCUUCGAUUCGGGCUCGAAGCUGGUGCUUGACGUGGAUGACCAGGACAAAGAGACCAUUCUACAGACGGUCAAGAGGAUCUUCUGUAAGACUGAGGAGACUCUUCAAGCAGAGAAGCUGGCCAAGGAGAUGAAGACAAACCCGGCCAACUUUGGGUACCAGUGUACCAGUGAGUGUAUCUGUGAGAUCCCCGGCCAGGUCCCGUGCUCGCGGUGGGUCAGUCCGCCCAAGGAACAGCGGGGAAAGUUCUGGCUUCAGGGGAAGGACGUGGAGGAGGACGACUAGUCUCGUGGCAGUUUACGUGUGUGUCGUUUGUUUUCUGUGUGUUGUGCGGGGUUCGUACGGGUCUUGGAAAACUAGAAAAGUCUUGGAAUUUUGUUUUUAUUUUCCAAGACGUGGAAAAAUCUUAGAAUUUUCGGAAAUUGGCAAAACUAGUGGAAAAGUCUUGGAAAAACAAAUUUUAGACUAGAUCUGUUUUUUUUAAAUUUCUGUAUGAACCCUAGUUAUGGGUGUCUGAUUGAGCUCUUUUGUUGUUUGAAAGUGGUUAAGAUAGUGGGUGUUGUGUUCUGGGUAAGGACAGAAAUUUGCUUUGGUUUUAUUUCAUUUGUACUUUAUUUCCAUUUGAAGUAUGUGAAUGAGCUACUUUUUGUAUGUUUCCCAUUGAUGUGAAUGAGUAUGGAUUUAUUAUAUUGUGUGUUGUUUGAAAAGUAUCUGCUCUUUUAUCAUUGAGUGGUGAAUGAUUGAGGCCACAGCUCAUACAUUUGUAUAUAGAACAGUUAUUGAUAGAAUAAACAUGGAGAGAUUUUAGA